GAGAACACCGCCAAGCAGAAGAAGAACAAAUCUACCCCUCCGCCUAGCGAUGAGAAGGAGGAAGAGAUGUCUGGGACACCACCUCAUCCCGUAAUGACCACGCGUGUGCGGCGAGGCGCUGUAUCGGCAGAGGUUUAUAAAGAGGAAGAUGCUGCACAGUAUGUUAAGAAGGUCGUACCGAAAGACUACAAAACAAUGGCGGCUUUGUCAAAGGCUAUCUCUAAAAACGUGCUGUUCUCACACCUGGACGAUAAUGAGAGAAGCGAUAUUUUUGAUGCAAUGUUUCCUGUUCAUCGCCACGCAGGGGAAGUAAUUAUACAACAAGGUGACGAGGGAGACAACUUCUAUGUCAUUGACCAGGGCGAAGUGGAUGUGUAUGUCAAUGGAGUUCAUGUGACCAGUAUUGGAGAAGGGGGAAGCUUUGGCGAGCUGGCCCUUAUCUAUGGUACUCCUAGGGCUGCCACGGUUAAG